AUGCUUUUGCGGACCUCCCAGUUCAUUAUCGCGGUAGUAGCCGGGUGGUUGAUAAUAUCAUUUCUGCUCUUUAGGUCACAAGCUCCAGACCCAAGUGUGCAAUCGACUUCCUCAGUCAACACAGAUACGGAGUCGGAACAUGAUUCUAUUUCGCAAGAGACGCCCGAUGAAAACUCCAUUGCGGAAAUUCCAAAGUUGCAAGAAAUUGUAGAAGACCAGCCAAAUAACACCGAAACCAACACCAAUCUAGAGUAUCUAGAACCUGAUCUUUUUGACGCCUCUCUUGACUACAUUCUAUCGAUAAUUCCCAACGAAAUAUACCGUCGAGAGCUCUUGCGGCCAGUAGUCGGCACGGGCGAGGCAAAACUGCACGAGCUCGGUUUGCGCACACGCGCAUAUAAACAAUUCUUCGAGGCUUGGGAGGAUGUCCACCUCGUCAAAAGCGACGAUAAUCACACCUACGUACGGGACGAUAUUGUCCCCUACUUGCGCGACAAGUUCAGCGAGCCGACCUUCUCCGACGCGCUGCACAAAUACGAAUCUUACCGCCAAUUCCUCGCCAAAUUCUCCGCGCUGCUGUUUCCGUGGACGAGUCCAUACUUUGCAGAUCAUAUGAGCAUGCACGCUUCUUUGCGUCAUGGAGGCCGCGGUAUUGUAACGACAGCGGGAAAUGGACAGGCGCAUUUUUUACUGGCUGCCAUUCCUUCUUUUCGUCUCUUGGGCUGCGAUCUUCCCGUCGAGGUCAUGUAUCUUGGCGAAAACGAUUUGAGCGAGGACUUCCGGACUCAGCUUGAGGCGCUACCAGGCGUCACAACGCGUGACCUCUCUACACUAGUUAACGAUAAAGGUUGGCAACUCAACGGAUGGGCUGGGAAACCCUUUGCCAUUCUCUUCUCAUCUUUCCGCGAAGUCUUGUUCAUCGACGCCGACUCGCUGUUCUUCGUUAACCCCGAAUCACUAUUUGAUGACGAGGAGUACGUGCGUACGGGUGCCCUUUUCUUCAGAGAUAGAAAUAUCAUUCCAGAGAGUAAGAAAGAAUGGUUGCAGCAGAUCUUGCCGAAGCCGAUUUCACCAGCUGUGCAACAUACCAGAAUGUGGACCGGGGAGAGCGCGCAUGUACAAGAGUCGGGAGUCAUUGUUGUGGAUAAGUGGAUGCACUUUAUCGCAUUGUUACUUGUAUGCAGAAUGAAUGGACCAGACAGGAAUGGGAAUGGUGGGGACAUUGUAGGGACAUAUGAUAUGGUAUACGGUGAUAAGGAAACCUUUUGGAUAGGCUGGGAACUCACUGGUGAUACUUCCUAUGCGUUCCACUCAGGCAACUGUGGAGUCAUGGGCAUAACCAAGCCAUCUACCAAGCCCAACCCCACUAAUCAACAGCCUGAACCGACGUUCAUCGGGGGAAUUGCAGUGGCCCCACCGGAAAUAGGGCGCGAAAUGGUGCCUGAUCGUGAGCCCGACCUCACUAUCUGUGCUCCCCAACUUCUUCAUUUGGAUCGUGAGCAACGCCCUUUAUGGUUCAACGGCUGGUUAUAUGAGAACAAGUUUGCGAGUGAACGGGUUCUCGGAAAAUUCGAGAUGUAUAUGGAAGAGCAGAGUGGAUCAUUAGUUCCACCAGCCUGGGAACUAGAGGAGCACAAUCUCUGCUGCUUGUCAAAUUCCCCCGCAAAGAACUUUACAACUGAGGAGAGCGAUUGGAUCGAUACGCUGAUCGGGAUAGCAAAGACGGUGGAUAACUAG